AAGACUCAAACACAAAGUUGUAUCUUGUAUACAUUCAAAAUACAGUAAAACCAAAACAAUGUACAUAAAUUGAUGAACAUUAACUCUAAUUAUCUAAAGUAGUUUUCAAGGGGAGAACGAUAUAAUACGUUUUACUCCCACUUUUUCCUUUCAUCUUUCUCGAAAGAAUCCUCGGACGUUGACGCAAAAGUCAAAACAGUGUAAUGAGCUGGCGAAUCUUUAUUGGCGCAUUCGGCAUCCCCACCGAUACGCAGCUUCUACUUUUCUUCCACCAAUAUGACCGUUAAAAUCAGACUCAAUUUAAUACCAUUCCCAUUUUCCACUGCAAUAAUUGACCCUAAUUGUGUUAGUGGUUAGGACAAUCACAUUUAUUUUUUCGUUUUCUUUUAAAGAAUUGAUUGCACAUGAAACACAGGACAUAUAAAAUAUAAAAUUCAACAUUCUCCAUCACUAAAGUUUGGUUUAUAUAAAUCACAUAAGCUAGAGGUAAUUAAUCAGAUAAAAAGACCCAAAAAACACACCAUGACAGAUUCCGAACAUGUUCGUCCGCUAGCUCCGGCGACCAUACUUCCGGUGAGCGACGAAUCCGCCUCCAACAUCAAGAACACUCGUCGUCGCAAAAAUCGAAUCAAAUGCUUAAUCUGCGUCAUUGCAACAUCUAUAAUUCUUAUCACGAUCGUGUUGACUUUAGUUUUCACGGUGUUCAGAGUCAAAGACCCGAUCAUAAAAAUGAACGGCGUAAUGGUCAACGGCCUAGAUUCAGUCACGGGGAUUAAUCAGGUCCAACUGUUGGGGACAAACAUCUCAAUGAUCGUUGACGUGUCGGUCAAGAAUCCAAAUAUGGCGUCGUUUAAGUACUCCAACACCACGACGGAUAUAUAUUACAAAGGAACGUUGGUGGGUGAAGCGCAUGGGCUACCGGGGAAGGCGAGACCGCAUCGAACUUCGAGGAUGAACUUGACGGUUGAUAUUAUGAUUGAUCGGAUAUUAUCAGAUCCGGGUUUGGGUCGAGAAUUAACUAGGUCGGGUCUUGUGAACAUGUGGAGUUACACUAGGGUUGGUGGUAAGGUAAAGAUUUUGGGGAUCGUGAAGAAGCAUGUGACCGUUAAGAUGAAUUGCACGAUGGCUGUGAACAUUACGGGCCAGGCGAUUCAAGAUGUCGAUUGCAAGAAAAAAAUCGAUCUUUGAGGUAUACGUUAUAGGAUCGAUCGAUUAACUUUUUUUUUUCUUCUAAUGUUUUGUUUUGUUUUUCAACAACGUGAGAUAUGCGGAUUAGAAUCUUCCAUGACAGCAGUAGCACCAACACAAAAUACUAUUUACAUGUUCUAGUUGCUUUAAAUUAUUCUGUUUUUUUUAAAAAUUAAAAAAAUUGGGUCA